CCACGUGGUGCGGCCGGCGGGGGCUAGUGCGAGCGGAAGAAAGGGGCGGCAGGAAAAGGGAAGCGGCGGAGCCAUUCCCGGUGGGGGGCGAAGGAGCCGCCCCACCCCCACCCCGGCGCUGCUCGGGGGGAUCCGGCCGCGCCGAGCAUGGAGCCCGCCGGGCUGCGUCAGGAGUCGCUGUGCCCUGGCGAUUCCCGCUGAAGGCCCGUCUGAGCCGUGCGAUGGACUCCAUGUUCGAGGAUGACAUCAGCAUCCUCACCCAGGAGGCCCUGUGCCAGGAUGAGGUGUGGCUGGACAGCCCCAAUACGGACCUCUCCAGCGAGAUGUGCUCGGCUUCUCACUUUGCCCUCAUCACGGCCUACGACGACAUCAAAAACCGCCUGACCAGCCUGGAGAGGGAGAACUCCACCCUCAAGAGGAGGCUGAAGAUGUAUGAGAUCAAGUACCCGGUGAUCGGCGAGUUCGGAGAGGAGCGCCUCUUCUCCGUCUACGACACCCAGGAGUGCUCCCUGCUGAAGAGCGAGAAGGCCAGCCUCCAGCAGCAGCUGAACCAGUUCCAGCAUGAGCUCCAGAAGAGCAAAGAGAGAGAGGAGCAGCUGGACGAGAUGAUCCAGGCGUAUGAGAAGCUGUGUGUGGAGAAGGCCGACCUGGAGUCGGAGCUGGGGGAGAUGAGAGCUUUGGUGGAGACUCAUCUGAAUCGGAUCCGGAGCCUGGAGCAGCAGUUGAGACAGAGAGAUGGCAACUCCUUCCAGAACCUCAACUCCCAGCUGCAGAACCAGGAGGUCCAAUACCUGUCUCUCCAUGGCAGCCCUGGCCUGACACAUGUGCUGGAUCGGUCCAUGAGCUGGCAGAGCUCCCGCAGCCUGGAGCAGCCCAGCGAGCUGGAGGUGCACAGGCUGGAGGCUGAGCUGGAGGAGGCCCGGCACGAAGCCCAGAGCUCGCAGCGCCGGGAGGAGCAGCUGAAGGCAGAGUGCGAGAGGCUGCAGUCUGAGUUGAAGCAGCUCCAGGAGACCCGGGCGCAGGACCUGGCGACCAGUCAGUCGGAGCGGGACAUGGCCUGGGUGAAGAAAGUCGGUGAUGACCAAGUCAACCUGGCACUGGCCUACACCGAGCUGACCGAGGAGCUGUACCAGCUGAGGACCCUCAGCUCCCUGCAGAGCCAGAUCCUCCGAACGCUGCUGCAGGAGCAGCCCAUCAACGGCGGCCAGAGGCACUCCCCGCUCUCGCAGCGCCGCUCCCCGGCGCCGCCCUGCCCGUCCCCGGCUCAGCAAGGCCGGCCCCCGGUCCCCCCGUGCCAGUCUCCCGCGCUGCAGCGGCGGUCUCCCGUCCCCCCGAGCCAGUCCCCUGCCCAGCAGCGCCGCUCCCCGGCGCCCCCCCCGAGCCAGUCCCCUGCCCAGCAGCGCCGCUCCCCGGCGCCCCCCCCGAGCCAGUCCCCCGCCCAGCAGCGCCGCUCCCCGGCCCCCUCCUGCCCGUCCCCCGCCUCCCAGCACCGGGCGCCCCCCGCCAGCGAGAGGAACGUGAUGGAUCUGGGGUACUCGAAGCCCCCAAGCCACCACAUCAAAGCCAGCUUCCAGGGGCGCCGCAGCUACUCGGAGGUGAGCGACGCUGCCGUGUACCGGCAGGGCCACUCCCUGUGGCUGCAGCCCGAAGCCUCCACGCUGCCAAAGCACCGUCCCUACGGCGAGGUUUACAUCGGCGGGGCCGGGGGCGCCAGAGACGCCUUCGAGGAGCACCUGCGCUUCGAGAAGCAGUCCUCCGACGAAGACGAGUGGACCGUCCCCAGCCCCCCCAGUCCCGAGGCGGGAGCCACCCGCUGUGCCUCUUUUUGCGCCGGCUUCCCCAUCCCCGACCCCGCCGCGCACCGGACAGCUGCCUCCUACUCCAGGGCCGAGCACGCGCAGUCCUGGCCGUCGAUCAACCUGCUGAUGGAGACGGUGGAUUCUGACAUCCGAAGCUGCCCCCUCUGCCAGCUGGCGUUCCCUAUCGGCUACCCGGACGAUGCUUUGAUAAAGCACAUUGAUUCGCACCUGGAGAACAGUAAGAUCUGAGGCUCCUCCUCCUUCCUCCUCAUCACGACUUCCUUACAGCCCUGGCCCCCUUUGGAUGCUGCAUGAAAACACGGGGAGCAACACGCCUCCCUAAAUACCUCCAAGUCUUCAGUACCUGCAGGAAAGACUGAACUGUAAGAGACUCACCUCUCCCUCUUCCCCUCACCUUGGUUUUAAGUGGGUUUCUUUUUCCCUCCCCUCCCCUCCCUGCCCCCGGGAAUGGCAGGAUCUGCAGUACUCCUUGUGUCAGCCGGGGGAAUGCUCCGGUCCAGGUACUGGGGAGGGGCAGAACAGUUAGUAGUGGCUUCUUACAGAGGGUGUCGCUUGCCUUUUACUGCUUCUUCCUUUACAGCUCUUGCUGUGCCAUUUGGUUUCUCUGGAUGAUCUCAGGGAGGAUUGAUGGAGGAUGGAUUCCACCCCCACACUCUGAAAGCUGCUGCGGUGAGAGGCACAGAGUUUCCAUGCACCUGUCUGCGGGAAUCUCAGUGCAGUUUGAGUCUCUCCCCUCUCCCCAGGGGUUUAAUUGUUACAGGGCGGUUGGUUCUCUUCAGCUUUGGUCACUGUUGGCCCCUGAGAGCUUUCAAACCAACCUGCCUUGGCCUUUGGCUGCUAGUUCAAGCAUCUUUCCAUUAAAAUCCGUCCCCCCCCCCUUU